CAUUGACCUGGAGGAGGGCUCCCAGCAUCUCAUCCGCUACAAGGUCGUUGCCCCACUGGUGGCCUCGGGAGCAGUGCAGCUCAUCUGAGGGCUCCUGCCCGGUGAGCGCCCGCAGCCAUGCCGGUGGACCUGGCCGUGCGGCUCUGCCUGGGCCACUCGCCCCCCAUCCGCAAGCUGCUGAACUCCUACGAGGAGCUGCGGGGCAGCCGCGGGCGAAAACCCCUCCGGUCCUGCCUCAACCAGAAGCUGAGCGUGGAACCUGAGCCUGAGCGGAGGGAGAACACCAGGAGCAGCAAGGGCCAGAAGAAGAAGAGGGUCGUGUUUGCUGACACAAAGGGGCUCUCGCUGACAGCCGUCCGCUUCUUCUCAAAGAUCGAGGAGGACCUGUGUGACCUGCAGCAUGCCCUGUCUGACCUCGCCUGCUUCCGACCUUGGCUGCGGGCCUCGCACCCAGAAGCGUGCAGGUAUGUGCUGGACUUCCCACAGCCCUCUGCAGACUACUUGGCCUUCCGCAGCCGCCUGCACAGCAACCUUGUCUGCCUGGAGAACUGUGUGAUCCAGGACCGUGCCCUGUCCGGGACGGUGAAGGUCAGAAACAUCGAGUAUGAGAAGAAGGUCAUGGUCCGCAUCACCUUCGAUGGCUGGAAGAGCUUCCGCGACAUCUCCUGUCAGUACAUACAUAGCACAUAUGGCUCGGCUGACACAGACAUCUUCUCCUUUGAGCUUUCCCUGCCCAAGCCGUCUGUCUCCCGUAGGGCUGCAGAGUUCUGCAUCUCCUUCCAGUGUGGACAGAAGAUCCACUGGGACAACAACCACGGGAGGAACUACAAGAUCUGCCACACGGGGGUGAUCCGCCCGCCUUCCCGUGCUGUCAAGAAUGCGGGCUGGGAGCCCCUCGGUGCUCCUGGGGCGGCUGCCCUGGUCCUGUCCCACCUGCAGAGCUGGCGGCGUGCAGAGACCCAGGCUCCCUACUGGUAGGAGAGCAGAGGGUGCAGGUCCCUUCUGCCUCUGACUGUGACACGGGGGUCUCUGGGGAGGGGGCAGCUGCCCAGGAUGCACUCAGGGUUCUGUCACCUCCGGGUGUCUGCUGAUCUCCAGGGGUUCUUCUUCCCUGCUGGCUCCUGCUGUGGAGCCUGGAGCCGCUGCCCCCUGUGCCUGCUGCCCGUCGGCCCUCCAGGGCAGGAGAGCGACGAGGAACGGUCGUGACCCGAGGCUGGGCCCCUCGCUGC